AUGACAGAAAAAUUAUUUGCUACACCACGAAUAAGAAAUACUAUUCAAGACCAGCACCAAGAAGAAAAAAAUAACAAAGCUUAUCCUUCCUCUAAAGUAGUUAUACAAAAUUAUAUUAUUUGCUCUCCAAGACAAACAGAUAAAAUAAUACACAUAGACAAUAUUACUUAUUUAUCUAAUCCACCACAACAAGGAGUGUUAUUAAUUUCAACAAUCGAAGGACAUACUUUUAUUAAGUUUCAAUCAUACUUAAAUCAAAAUAUAGUACCAGUAAUUUCUCCAUCACAAACACCUAAAUUAGAAGAAGAAAAUAAAGAAAAUGAAAUUUGUUUCUGUAUUGAAGACACUCCUACAUAUAAAGUUUCUAAUGAAACAAAUGAAAUUCAAAUCAUUUUUAUUCCAGGAAGAACGAUUCCAGUUAAUAUAAAACCAAUAAAAUUUAAAAAGGGGAGUUUCUCAAAAUUUUGUGAAUUUUUAAAACAACUUGGAAUUCAUUUUUGUAAUGGAAACAUUUCUAUUGACAAAAGAAGAUUAGCAAUAAUGGUAGAUAUUCCUAAAUAUCUUAAUGAAUUAUGUAAUCAAAAACAAAAAGACAAAAGAAUUGAUUGGUGUAAACAAAUACAAUUUGAUAAUAUUAAAAAAAUUAAUAAGAAUUAUCAAUGGAAUAAUGAAAAUGAAAGUAUUAUUAGAAAAGGAUUGUUUUAUAAAGGAGUUGAUAAUGAUUGUCGUUGUUCAUUAUGGUCAAAAUGUCUUGGAAAUUCAAUAGAUAAAAAUAUAUUUGAAAAGAUCAAACUACAAGUAAAUAAUUUAGUUGAUAUUCAAAUACAACAUUGUAAAAUACUUAAAGAAGAAAUUGAACAAAUAUUAAAAGAUGUAAAAAGAACAACCAUUAAUAAAAGUGUUUUAGAGUAUUGGAAUUGUCCAAUUGAAAAAAUAAAAAAUUGUAUUGAGUUAUUAAUGAAAUGUUGGAUAUUAUAUGAUUUAGAUAAAGGAUAUCAACAAGGAAUGAGUGAUAUUUUAGUUGGAAUAAUGGAAUGCAGUAUGGAUGAUUAUGAAUUAUUUUCUAUCUUUGUUCAACUCAUUGAAUUAAUGUCUUCUAUUUUUAAUAGUAAAAUACCUUUUGAUUGUAUUAUUGGUCCAAUAGUAAAAACUUUAGACUUAGAACUCGAAGAAUAUUUUAGUAUGAAAAAAAUUGGAUAUUCUUUUAUGUACAAAUGGCUUAUUUUAUUAUUUAGAAGAGACUUUGUUUCUGAAAAAUGUAUUCGACUCUGGGAUGCAAUAAUUGCAUAUCCAAAAAAUAAAUUUCAUUAUUUCAUUGCUGUUUCUAUGUUAUUAGAACAUCGUGAUAUAAUCUUAUCAAAUCGUUUAGACCUUGAUGAUAUCUCAAUCUUCUUCUUACAACUUGAAAAUAAAUUUGAUGAUCAUCUUUUGAUUGACGCAGAUAUUGCACUAUCUACUUUUAAACAAAAGUCUUCUAAAGAAGACCAAGACCUUGUUUUUGCAUAG